GUGUGUACGGUCUCUCUAGGGUUUACAUGGUAGCCAUUCCUGCAGUGAUCCAGGCAGGCUCAGAGGCCAAGCUUUGUGCCAGUCUUCUGCAGCCCAACGAGACCCUGGUCAUGACCAUAUCUCUGAUUGUUGAUGAGCAGAGCAAAAUUCUUCUCCAAGAGAGUUCUGACCAAGAGUUUCACCGCUGCUUCCAGUUUCAGGCCCCUCAGGUGGAGAGUGACGAAGUGCAAAACUUUAAGGUGGAGGUUCGAGGUGAAACAUUUCUAUCGACAGAGAGAAAGGUCAUGAUCAAACCCUACAGUCCGAUGACAUUCAUCCAAACGGAUAAACCAAUCUACAACCCAGGACAAACAGUGCAGUUUAGAGUGAUCACCUUGGAUUCCAGUUUUAGCCCUGUCAAUCAGCUGGCCUUCAGUGCGCCUCGCCUGUUUAGCGCAGCCAGAGCCUUCCUCCUCUACAGCGCUGCCGGAGCCUCCCGCCAGUUCAGCGCAGCCGGAGACUGUCUCCUCUCCUGCGCUGCCGGAGUCUCCCGCCUGUUCAGCGCUUCUAGAGCUUUCCUCCUCUGCAACGCUGCAGGAGCCUCCUGCCUGUUCGGAGCAGCCUGA